UUCAGUACAACUUCACACAUCGUCCAGUACACACUUCCUAUUUUUGUAAAAUUUUUGUCAUCAUGUUUUUGCAAGUAUUUUCCAAUGAUCUAAACAAGUUUAGGCAUACAGUCUUUAUUAAUGUUAAACCAAAUUUUAGUGUAGCCAAUCUUAAAUUUGAGUUGUUUAAAAGUGUCAAAAUUCCAGUUCAACGACAAGUGAUCAUGUUCCUCGGUGCGAUCCUCGCAGACGACUUUCCUGUAGCAAGGGCUUUCAACCGAAAUAGAGCGGACUUGCAGGCCUUCGAUGGUCAAAAACUGGUUUGUGUUUUGCGUUUUCGCGACAAAAUGGAGUUUAAGGAGACUCUGUCAACCUCAUCUUCAAUGAUGUCUCGGAAAAACGAAAGGCCUCGUGACGCUCAAUCCGAGUUCGUCGGUUUGGCAGACGGUUGCUCCUCAGCCUCAAGUUCUGCUUCAAGUACCAGUAGCUCUGAAGAGUCAACCCCGACCCCGAGUUCGGCCUCUGUUUCUUCCACCGUGAAUGAGCAGAGCUGCGGAGAUCCGUGUCAGGUCAAUUGCUGUGACGAGGGCGGAGAGGGUCGUCCCCCCUACGCCAGGGUCAUGCCAGAGGAUCGGCGGUAUGGGGUCGUGAUAACCAACGAGUGCAACCCGUGCGACUGCAACUUCGACUGCGUUCUGCAGCACCUGGUGGAAUCUUUCCAUUCGGCGGUGGAUGUAGCCACUCUGAGCUUUAGCCAGUGCACUCCUGCCGUGUCCUUCGAAUGCCUCCUGCUGAUGGUGUGCCGGGAUAGCGACACCAGUGACUGGCUCCAGCGCGCCAUGCGACCUAUGAGCCCAACCUACCUGUGCACCACCUUUAUAAAACACUUUGAGCUGGUCAGGUGCUCCUUCGUCGUCCCCAUGGUCGUCGAGCGAGAGCUGUGCCGCAUCUUCCACAUCAUGGAGAAGCAGAACUGCGGUCUGGAUCUGAGUAAAUGGUGCGUCGUUCGAAAGACUGCUCUGGACCCCUGCUCCGAGGACUAUGCUAGGAGGGUAAUCUUCGACGGGUACCCCAAUUACGAACUGGUAGUUUACAUGGACAACUGCUCGAAGGAUUAUAUUCUUCACCAUUGUGGAAAGAUUUUAUUCAUAAUGUGGCACCUACCCGUCGAUUUUUCAACCGAUCUGCCAUGCCAGUAGAGGGGAUUGGAUUCAACAGAUGCUAUCUUUGCAGUAUGUUUUCGAUAGCAUUGGCUUUGUCCCAUAACAAGAGCACUGGCGAAAACUAGCCAUCAUUUUUCGGAGGAGUUGGUGUGUUUCUACUUCCUGAAGUCUGGAAAGGACCCUUUUUCUUAGAAAAGUUGGAGAGCCUGGCCAAGUUCCAUCCUAGAUUGGCAUUAUGUACUAUGUAUAGUGGAGUCUGAGAGAUUUCAAUCGCUACAAUCCAACGAUCUGGAGAGUGCCAGAUCCUGGUAUCCUCGCUUCUACGCCGUCUAUUAAAAAGAACCGUUUGCCCUUGGCACACUGAAGACCCUGGCAAAACGAACUCGAUCACGGCCUACUAAAUCAAAUACCAUAAGCAAUCGUUUUCAGAGGCAACUUCAAAUUGGAGCUGACAGUAAAUGUAAAAAAAAAAUGCGGCUAUUGGGAUAAGCAAAUGCUCUGGAGUGAUCGUGCGGUAGAGGAACCCUUGUCAGUAAAUGUAUAAGUGCGAGAACAGAAAAUUGUAAAUAAAAAGUAAAUGGAUAUUGCGCUUAGAACGCAAAAUGAUUUUUAAA